AUGAAUGACGAGUGUAAUUUACCUGUAGAUAUUCCUGUUACAAAAAAGCAGAUCGAAAACUGUAUCUUUUCUCAUUGGUAUGGUAAAUUUAAAGGUCAUACUCCAAGAGCAGAGAUAAUAAAGCCCCUUCCUAUAUCUUUUAUUAAGUACCUGGAGCAGGAUGGUAUUAAACUACCGAUGGAUAAGAUGGAAAAUUCAUACUAUAAUCAGGAUUUGGAACUGACGGUGGAUAAUGACUAUAGCGACUGGGAGGAUGCCAAGGAUGAGCGGGAUGAUGACAAGCACUCCACAGAUGGAAAUGAAUCAACGAUAGACCCGCUCAGUGCUUUCCCAGAGUUGCACGAGCAGCUCAAGAAGGUGAUAGGAAAGUUUAAAUCAGUGAUGCCAAAGUUGAACUGGUCGGCUCCAAAGGAUGCCACGUGGAUAUUACCAAACAACAGCAUGAGAUGUAGCGAGGUCAACGACGUAUAUUUGCUGCUGAAUGCCUCCAACUAUAUUAUGUAUGAUCUGCAUCAUGCGUUUGAAGAGUGUAUUGCAGAGGAGGGGGGAAAUCAUGCAGGAUCUGUGGAGUAUGAACUUAUUCUCAGGGAAUGGUUUAAUAUAAAUCCAGCCCUAGAGUUUCGAGUGUUUAUUCGGGACGGCAUGAUAUUGGGUGUCUCUCAACGGGACCUGAAUUACUACGACUACCUUGCUACGCUAAAGGAAAAAUUGAAGGGUUCGAUUAAAAAGUUUGUUUAUGAAGUUUUAUUGCCAAGAAUUCAGGAUCAAGCUAUAGUGGUGGACCUCUAUAUUCCAAGAGCAUUCGACAAAGUUUGGUUAAUUGAUAUGAACCCAUUUUCACGGAGAACUGAUUCACUGAUGUUCGGUUGGAAUGAGCUACACAAUACCCACCGUGUUGACGGAAGUGAUUUUGAAUUGCGCUUAAUGACAGAACACAAUAUCGGUAGAUUUGCGACUAAGGAACACUCAGAACAUCAUGUUCCAACUGACAUUUUAGAAGCAAGCCUGAACACCGAAACCCUAAGGGAAUUAACUAGUAAGUGGAAGGAACUAUUAUCUUUACAGGAGGAUGAAGAAUCUUAG